CCCGACGGUCUCUCCUCCUCUCCAGAGCGCGCGUUCGAAGCCGUGAGGGCGAGAAUCAGCGGAGACAUUCACACACACCGACAGACACAGAGACAGACCGACCGACAGACAGAGAGCUGUAAUUAGCUUCUGUCUGUGAUUAGUGUUGAUUAGCCAGUGUCAUCGGGAGCGCGGCGGCUGCGGGAGCGCGCGGGCGGCUGAUGGACGGGAUGCAGCAGGGCAGCGGCGCGUACGGCGCGGGCAGAGCCGGUGGAGCCUUCGACCCGCUCACGUUCAUCCAGCAGCCGCACACAGGCCUCCGGAUCGUGUCCUGGCUCUUCUCGCUGGUGAUCUUCGGCUGUAUCGCUAACGAGGGCUACAUCAACAGGCCUGAUGAGGUCGAGCAGUUCUGCAUCUUUAACCGGAACCAGAACGCCUGUAACUACGCGGUCGGCAUGGGCUCGCUGGCCUUCAUGUGCUGCGUGGUCUUCCUGGCUUUAGACGCCUAUUUCCCGCAGAUCAGCAGCGUCAAAGACCGCAAGAAAGCCGUGCUGGCCGACGUGGGCGCGUCAGCGUUCUGGUCCUUCGUUUGGUUCGUGGGCUUCUGUUUCUUGGCAAAUCAGUGGCAGGUGGCGAAACCGGAGGACAACCCGCUGCGGGCGGGCGGAGACGCGGCACGGGCCGCCAUCACCUUCUCCUUCUUCUCCAUCUUCACCUGGGGAGCGCUUACGCUGGUCUCUCUGGAGAGACUCAAACGGGUGUGUUUUGAAGAGGAGUAUGAGGAACUCUUUACCCAGCAACCUCACACACACACAUGAAUAAACACGUUCCCUCCGAGUGUGUGUGAGUCAUCCUGAAGAAUGAGUCCAUCUCAGACGCUCAUUAAAGACUCAGAAUGAGAACUGAGAUGCUGAAUUAACUUACAUGUAGCUGAGAUCUUUACUGAUGCUUGCAUGUUUUCAGCCAUCAGAACUUGAGCACAGAUUCAGAUCUGCUCUGCACUGAGGAAAGUUAUAGUAUUGAUCUUUGGCAGAAGUGUGUUAGUGAAACAACAUUCACAGCCCAUUUAGUUUCCAUAAUGUAGCUUAUUUCCAAGUCAAACAGGAUAUUCAAGUCAGAAGUAAUGCUGAUGUGUGCUGAUGAUCACGUCGUUACUAUAACCUGUAGAUUUUCUGACUAAUCAAACUGAAUCUGAUCUUUCUCUCUUUUCCUCAUAUCAUAUUUCCUUUCCUCAUCCUUCCCCAAAUUCUCUUUUUUUAUUGCUCUAUUGAACCCUAAUCCAUCAUCCCCAUGUUAAAAACCUCCUUUAUCCGAACCUGCAUCAUCCAGGCCGCUCAGGCCUUCCUGGCGUAUCAGAGGUAUAAACUGGGUGCGGAUUCGGCCCUGUUCUCUCAGGACUACACCGACCCCAGCCAGGACGCCGGCGCCGUGCCGUACAGCUCCUACAGCGCUGGAGACGCCCUGGAGA